GGCUUUUGAUCGCAAACUGAGCGAAAGACCGCCGCUUUCCCUCCCCUUGGCUGACUUGGUGGGCAUCGAUGUCUUGCCGGCUGCUGUUCGAGGGUCUGCGGGGUGAUCCGGUGUCUGCCAUAUUCCUCACGUCACAGGGAUGCUGCGCAGGUCAGAAACAAGGCCAAACACGGACGCCUGGAAUGGUCACCGGCUGCAGUGCGUGGGUCUGUCUGUCUGUGUCUGCUUUUGGGUGUUCAGGAACGCUCUGUGGUCGUGUGGUGGCUCACUUUUUUGAGGGGCUUCACAGUGGGCGAAACCUCGUUAUCUGCUCCUGGAGUGAAGACGCCGUCAGAGGGGUGGGGUCAGCCCAUUCACAACGUGUCAAACCCUGGUGAUCUCUAUGUGCUUUCCCCCGCCCUCCCUCCCUCCCUCCCUCCCUCCCUCUGUGGUCAUCCAGGUGUGGUUCACCGAGCACUGCAUCACUGUGACAGUGGGCGACUCCCUGUGUCGGCUGUACCCCCGGGCGCUGACAGCGACUGGCGGUGUGCCGCAGGAGAUGGCCUUCGAGAAGAAGGCCGCAGCGUCCGUCAGGUUUGUCCUGCAGAGGGCCAACAACGUCAUCGUGCUCUCUAAUGGUGUGUGAGAGAGGGAGGGAUGGGAGGGAGAGGUGGGAGGGAGAGGGAGGGGUGGUUUUCCUCGAGAUCUCCUGUAUGUGUGUGUAUGUGUUGUGUGUGUGUGUAGGUGUGACGUUGGUGUCUGACCUAAGAGACGGUUCACAACGUUCUCUCGGCUGGAAGCUGCAGGACCGAUACACGGCACCGUGCGACUGGAACGGAGCCAACCUCCUGUACGCCCCGCCCCCACCUCACACACACACACACGUGCAGCAAAUCAACGAAAAGUGUGUGUGUGUUGGGUGUGUUGUGGUGUGGGUGGGGUGCAAUGGCCGCGGUCAGUUUGUUUUCGGCGGUGCCUGACGAGCAGCCGAGCAUCCAGCUGCUGCAGCCAGAACAGUGAGUGAGAACCAUAGUCGAGCUCGCCACCGGGUGUGUAUGUGUGUGUGUGUGUGCUGAUUGAUAGGCACCAGCGGUUGGUUGUCCGCGACUUGCCACGGAGGACCCGGGUCGUCACGCAGCUCAAGCUAUGGGUAACACACAGACAGGCAGACAGACAGACAGACAGACAGAGGGAGGGAGGGAGGGAGAGAGGGCGGUGGAAUGGUGUCAAUUUUGUUGUGCAGGGGGAUGGUCGCAUUGUGUUUGUGCGAGAGGGGCGGUGUAUAGUGGUCUUUGACUACAAGACCAACCUCGACACCGUAAGUUACCGUCACACAUGACAUGCACACACACACCACGCGGAGGGGAGCAGCACCCAGUGGACGAUUGUCGUCUGUGUGAUGGGUGUGAUGGUGCAGCACGUGAUAAGCGGUCACCGUGGUGACAUUGUGAGCAUCGCCUUCUGUGACGAACACCGCAUCGCCGCCGUCUCAAACGAUGGCACACUCAAGAUAUGGGACAUUACCAACACCAAAUCAAGGAGAGGUACGGAGGCACAUACACUCACACGGCGGGAUGCAGGUGAUGUGAUCAUGGUCUGCUGGUGCUUAUGUGUAGGUGUGUGCACCAAGACAGUCACCUUGCGGCAGUGCUCUUUCGACCUCGGUAGGUAGAUAUUGACAGAGAGAGAGAAAAGACAAAGACGGACCCACCUUACCGGGUGCAAUCACUGUUGUGUGGAUGGAUGUGACUAACCCACCCAGGUUGGUCGUACCACAUGGCUGCCACCGACAGCCUCGUGGCCUUCAGCGCAGACGAGGUAGGUACGGUAGGUCACACACAGGCAGAGGUCUCAUGCCACCACACACACACUCUCUCUCUCACUCUCGCAUACUGUCUCUCUGUGUGUGGGUGUCUGUGUGUGUCUAUCAGGGUGUGUUCCUGGUUGACCUGAAUGGCAGCCAGGGGACGGGCAGCGCGACCCAGGUGGUGCCCGCCGCACCCAACAACCACAACCACAGAGGGGGAGGCUGGCCCGCCAACACACGAUGACACAUGUACAUGGUAUGGUGAUGAGUGAAAGAUGACGACCGACGGCCGGCCACACUCCGCAGCACAGAGCACAGCAUAGCGCAGCAUGCCUUCAUCGGGUGUGCGCUGUGUUAUGCGUUCUGAUGUGUGAUGGUCUGCGGCUGGCCGGCUGGGUGUCUGUCUUUGUAUAUGGG